GAGAAGUACAGUUUCUCACACACAGACGCUUUAGAUACACAGGGGACCUUAUGAAAUGAUUUCACUGUAUAUUUUUCAGAAGUUAAAGAGUUUUUAAAGAUGAUCCUUGAUGAAUAAAUAUAGACAGGGGAGAGCAGAGAUUUGGUAUUCAUUUAAAGACAUUUCAUUUUUAACAGCAGUGAAGGAAAGUGAAACUAAACUACAGAUUUAGCAGAAGCCAUUACUGAGCUCAGAACGGACGGAGACAGAAUGGCGUCUGGAUCCUCUCUCCUGGAAGAGGAGCUCUCCUGUCCUGUGUGCUCUGAAAUCUUCAGGGAUCCUGUUCUUCUGAGUUGCAGUCACAGCUUCUGUAAGGCCUGUCUGCAGCAGUACUGGGAUCAGAAGGGAUCUCAGGAGUGCCCAGUUUGCAGGAGAAGAUCUUCUAAGAAUGAACCUCCCUGUAACCUGUCUCUGAGGAAUACCUGUGAGGCGUUCUUAAAGGAGAGAAGUCAGAGAGCUGAAGCAGGAUCUGAAGUGCUCUGCAGUCUGCACAGUGAGAAACUCAAACUCUUCUGUCUGGAGGAUCAAACACCCGUCUGUGUUAUCUGUCAAACUUCAAGAAAACAUAGAACUCAUGUAAUGCUACCAGUCCAGGAGGCUUCCGAAGAGUUUAAGGAGAAACUCAGGACUGCACUAGCUCCACUGCAGAAGAAGCUAAAAGCCUUUAAUGCAGUGAAACUAGUCUGUGAUCAAACAGCAGAGCACAUCAAGAGCCAGGCCCAGCACACAGAGAGACAGAUAAAGAUGGAGUUUGAGAAACUUCAGCAGUACCUAAAAGAGGAAGAGGCAGCCAGGAUCACUGCACUGAGGGAGGAAGAGGAGCAGAAGAGUCAGCUGAUGAAGAAGAAGAUUGAGAAGAUGACAGAACAGAUAUCAUCCCUUUCAGAACAAAUCAGAGCCAUAGAACAGGAUCUGGGAGCUGAAGACGUCUCAUUCCUGCAGAGCUACAAGGACACACAAAUCAGAGCCCAGUGCACCCUGGGAGAUCCAGAGAAGGUCUCAGGAGCGCUGAUUGAUGUGGCCAAGCACCUGGGCAAUCUGAAGUACAGAGUGUGGGAGAAGAUGCUGGGGACUGUUCAAUACACUCCUGUGACUCUGGACCCAAACACAGCACAUCCCGACCUCUCACUGUCUGAGGAUCUGACCAGUGUGAGAUACAGUGAUGAGAGAGAGCAGGUUCCUGAUAAUCCAGAGAGAUUUGAUUGGGGGUGUUGGGUGCUGGGCUCUGAGGGAUUCAGCUCAGGGAGACACUGCUGGGAUGUAGACGUGGGGGAUGAUGAGUACUGGGUGGUGGGUGUGGUUAAAGAGUCAAUCAGCAGGAAAGGGGGUGUGGAUCCAAGCCCAGCAUUAGGAGUGUGGGGUAUAGUGCAGUACACCAGUGGGGUAUACUAUGCCCUGACCUCCCCACGUACACCCCUCACUGUGCAGAGGGACCUCCAGAGGGUCAGAGUGCAGCUGGACUGGGACAGGGGGGAGGUGUCAUUCUCUGACCCCAGUGACAACACUCCUCUCUACACUUUUAAACACUCCUUCACUGAGAGACUGUUUCCAUUCUUUAGGCAAUCUUCUCACAGGAUGCAGAUCUGUCCACUGAAGGUGUCUGUGAGUGUAAAAUAGAACUGUGGGAUUAUGCUGAAUUAACAGGGCUGCAUUUCAUCACAUCUGGACAUGUUUAAUAUACAAUUUGUCAGAAACAAACAGCACAUCAAAAACAAAAUAUUGUUCAUUCUUUGAAAUGUUAAUGCAAACAUUCUAUAGUGUGUAAAAUGUCUAAUUUCUUUGAUAUAACCUCACAAUGUUAUUGCUGAGUAAUGGUGGUAUUGUAAGUACACUUGUGUGUGUGUGUGUGUGUGUGUGUGUGUGUGUGUGUAAUGAGUAACUCCUGUGUUAAAUGGUGGUAUUGUAAGUACACUGGUGUGUGUGUGAUGAGUUGAGUGUAAUAAAUACACCAGUGGAGUCA